AUGGCGACGUUGGAGACUGCAGACAAGACUUUCCCAUUCGACUAUUCCGAGCAUGCUUACCGAAGCAACCCCCCUCGGCUCUGGCGCGUGCAGUGCCCAGAGUCCAUGGGAAACCAAGGCCCAUCAGCAACAAGCGACAUUGUGGCCGGUGAUGGCGGAGGCAUCGCCGGCAAGGGUGGGUUUUCCGACAUGCGAGAAUUCACCCAGGCCGUGGUGUGCCACUGGAAUUGGAAUUGUCGACAAUUCCCCGAGACGGGUGGACCAUUUCUCUCUGUUUUAAGCGAUCAUCUGCAUGCCCUGAGAUGGGCCAAGAAGCGACGUGAUACCUGGGUGCGUGCUGGAAUGCUCUCCAACCGGAAAGACUUACAAAACGCCAGCUGGGCAGAGCGAAAUGUGUACCAGGAACCCAAAGAGGCCGACUGGCCCGGCGUCAUAUAUGAGAUUGAUCUGUCCAAGAUACCGCCCUCAGCCCGACCUGCUCUCUUUGAGAGCACUCGGCUUCAGGCUGAGUUGGACGUCGAGCAGAGUUCGGGAAACGGGUAUCAGUUUGCCAAAAACGAGUUUCUCAUCUUAUACCGCAUCCCUUCUGCGAGCAUUGUCUCUACGUACAACUCGCCGGACAGUUUCGAAGAAGCUAUGGCCAAUUAUGUGCCCAGACCACGGGGACAAUUUUGUCGGAUUAUCGGUGACUACGACAGCGCUGCAGAGGGCGAAGUUGAACAGCCGCGGCCCACGAUCACUUGCUUGCAUUAG